ACCCCGCGCCGCCUCGUGCCGGGCACGCGCCGACGCGACCGGAGUGGAGAGCAGAAAAUCUCGGCCGCUAUGGGCCAGGGCGAGCCACGCGCCGCGCGUGCGCGUGGGCGGGGGUUAGAGCAUCUGGGCGCCACCUUCCCCUUUUUGGGGUAGUUAAAAAAUGGAUUAACAUAUGGUCUAUAUAGUUUUCAGAUUCAGAUGAUAAUGAUGAUGACGACGAUGGAUGGAGAUGAGUGACAGAGCAACAACAAGAAGAAGCCCGGACCAAACCCCUCUGUGGAAGCAAUAGAGAGAGAGAGAGAGCUCAUUGACCAUUGGAAGGAGGGGCAAUCUCUUCUUCUUCGUCAAUCGAUUCUCUUCAGUUUGAUAGAGAUAGAGUGUGUGUGUGAAUGGCGAAUCUGUCCUUUUCAUCAGCGCUAAGCGGUAGUGUGUGAAUAUCUUCGAGAGAGAGAGAGGGGUUCGUCUUUUGAACUCGAGUCGCGGUGUCCUCCCACAAGCUUGAGUUCAGACUGUGAAAUUGAUGGAGUCCGGCGAGUAGGAUCGUGCCCUAGAGGGGGCUUUAGAGAGCGCGAGGGGAAAUCUGUCCAUGGUCCUCACAGUACCGUCGCCGGACAUUGGGUGAUCGGAGUGGAACACUCUCCGCUCCGGGGGGGUGAUUUCGCUCGUUCGCAGGCCCUAGAAUGGAGACCCCACCGGCCGAGGAACUCCUCAGGAAGAUCCAGGAGCUGGAAGCUGGUCAAGCUCACCUCAAGCACGAAAUGUCGAAGCUCAAGCUGUCGGGCGGGUCCGAUUCCAGGCCCGAGCAGCGCGCUCGCCAGCGUUCCCACUCCGUGUCGCCCGAGCGGUCGGCCGCCCGGAGGAGGGCCGGGCUCACGGCUCGCCCAGGGUGGAAGAAGGGCUCUGCUACUUUCGCUCAUUCGUCACCUUUGCAGAGGGAGAGCCGGAGUCAAGAGGAGCCUCCGAAUGUAGGAGGCGCGGGAAGCUUCAUUGGCGGGCCUGCCGAGAUGAAUUUUACGGAAAGACAGUAUUUGAACAUUCUGCAGAAUAUGGGGCAGGCUGUUCAUAUAUUUGAUCUCGGGGGACGUAUCAUAUACUGGAAUCAAACUGCAGAAAACCUAUAUGGUUAUUCCGAACCAGAAGCCCUAGGACAGGAUGCCAUUGAGCUCCUAAUUGAUCCUCGAGACUUUGGAAUAGUGAAUAAAAUUGUUAAUCGGGCGAUCAUGGGAGAGAGAUGGACCGGACAGAUCCCUGUCAAGAAUAAGAUAGGCGAAAAAUUUUCAGCUGUUGCAACGAAUACUCCAUUUUAUGAUGACGAUGGAACGUUGGUGGGUAUCAUAUGCGUCUCAAGUGAUUCACGGCCCUUUCAGGAGCCAAGAAGUCAAAUGCCAGAAGUGAGGCACUCAGAAGCAGAGUCAAGCCUAAGCCGCCUGAAAAACACUGCUACAAAUAAGCUUGGUCUUGAUGCUCAGCAGCCUCUGCAAGUUGCAAUUGCCUCUAAGAUAUCUAAUUUGGCAUCCAAGGUGAGCAACAAAGUGAAGUCAAGGAUUCGGACCGCAGACAAUCAUAUUGAUCGUGAGAAUGAGAGUAGUGAUACUCAUCAUUCUGAUAAUUGUCUCUCAGAUGACAAUAGGGAGGAUGCAGCAUCAAGUGGAGCUAGCACGCCCAGGGGAGAUGUACCUCCAUCUUCCUUUGGUGUUCACUACCAAAAAGAGGAGAGGUCGCCAGGAAAACAUGCUAAAGAUUCUAGUGAUGAGAGUGAAAAACCGCCGAUUCACAAGAUCAUCACAUCCAAGGCAGAGGCAUGGAUUGGUAGAAGGGGGCUAUCCUGGCCUUGGAAAGGCAAUGAAAGGGAAGGAUCAGAGGCCAGGACUGGAAGAUCUGGUUUCGUAUCAUUGCAGAAUGACCAAGAAAAGAAAAGUCCUCCCAUGGCUAGUCUAGAAAAUCAGAACAAUGAAAAUAAUCGCACUGUAAACGAAGCAUCAGGUUCAUGGUCCUCGUUUAAUGUUAACAGCACGAGCAGUGCCAGUAGCUGUGGAAGCACAAGUAGUGGUGCUGUGAACAAGGUGGACAUGGAAGCAGACUGCUUGGAUUGCGAGAUACCGUGGGAAGACUUGACAAUUGGAGAACAAAUUGGGCAAGGUUCUUGUGGAACUGUCUAUCACGCUCUGUGGUACGGAUCAGAUGUGGCAGUGAAGGUAUUCUCAAUGCAAGAAUAUUCACAAGAACUGAUACUUUCCUUUAAGCAAGAGGUGUCUCUUAUGAAGAGACUUCGGCACCCCAAUGUUUUGCUUUUCAUGGGAGCAGUAACUUCGCCUCAGCGCCUCUGCAUAGUCACAGAGUUUCUUCCACGUGGAAGUUUAUUUCGCCUACUGCAGAGGAACACAGUCAAGUUAGAUUGGAGACGCCGUGUUCAUAUGGCUUUGGAUGUGGCUAGAGGCAUGAAUUAUCUGCAUCAUUACAAUCCACCUAUCAUUCAUCGUGAUUUGAAGUCCUCGAAUCUCCUAGUUGACAAGAAUUGGAAUGUGAAGGUGAGUGAUUUUGGUCUGUCGCGUCUGAAACAUGAAGCGUAUCUCACAACAAAAACUGGGAAGGGAACGCCUCAAUGGAUGGCACCAGAAGUUCUCCGCAAUGAAGCCUCAGACGAGAAAUCUGACGUGUACAGUUAUGGAGUUGUAUUAUGGGAAAUUGCCACCCAGAAGAUCCCGUGGGAUAAUCUCAAUGCGGUUCAGGUGAUUGGUGCUGUGGGGUUUAUGAACCAGCGACUGGAUAUCCCUCACGAUGUUGACCCACAGUGGGCAUCUAUAAUCGAGAGCUGUUGGCACAGUGAUCCAAAGUGCCGACCGACGUUCCAGGAACUACUGGAAAUACUUAAAGAUUUGCAGAGACAGAACGCCCUCCAAUUCCAGGCUUCCCGCUCCGCCGCCGGGGACAGCACUCAAAGGGAAACAUGAAACAUCCGGUGCAUCGAAAGGAUUUGUCUAUUCAUUACAUUGGCUAACGGUCCAAGCAAACCUGGCUCUUCGGCAGGAAGUUGAUGUUGCCAUCCAGUCUUGACCCACUUUGCCGCCACCGGACAAUGAAAUUCGGCGACCGGAUUUUUUUGGGACCAUUUUGAGAGGAAAGAAUGUUUGUCCUUCAUAUGAGCAUUCAUGGCUGGGGGGGAUUUAGGAUGACUCUGUGUCGCUUUUGUGCAUUUACCAGAAGUCACGAAGGACCUUGUAGAUAUGUUGCAAAGUGUUGUGGAGAUUCAGAGGCUGAGCGCAUUAGGCUUGUCAUCCAUUUGUUUGUGAUACAUUCAUAGUAAAACAUUAGGUUCUCACAAAAGCUGUACAAAUCAAAAUUGAC